AUGGGAAAACGUACGAGUAGAAAAAGGUUGUCCCCAAUAUCUGAUUCAGCUUCAAAAGCAAUUGAUAUAAAAGCUCGAAAACGUAUUGAAGAACUUUAUGAAUUAACUGAUGAAAUAAUCAAUGCUUAUAAUGAAGUAAAUGAAACAUAUGUUAAUAAAGUUUAUCGAAAAUAUAAACGAUUACAACAAGCAAAUAAAAAAUUAAAACAACAACUUAAUCAUCAUCAUUGUGCAGGUUGCACAUGUACCAUUCCAUUGAAUGAAGAUAUACAAGAACUGGAAGAAAACGAGGAAGACGAUGAUGAUGAUUAUGACGAUGAUGAUGAUGAUUAUGAGGAUGAUAAUGAGAAUUUUAUGAUACGUAAACAAGGUAAAGAAUAUAAACACAAAGAAAAAUCAUCUUCAUCAUCUCCAACAACACAUUCCAUAAUGACACGAAGCAAAACAAACAAUCCUUUUAUUAUAUCCGAUAUUGAAGAUACACAAAAUUUUGAUGCUAAUGAUAGUCGAUUUACUAAAAAAAUUCGUGAUAAUAAUGAUAAUGAAAAUGGUGAUAAUAAUGACGGUGAUAAUGAAGAUGACACAUCUAUGGUUAUAAAUCAAAAUGAAAAUGAAACAACAAAAGAUGAUAAUCAAUCCGAACAUGAAGUUGAAGAAGAAGCUGAUCAGAAUAAUGAAAAUGAAAAUGAAAAUGAAAAUGAAAAUGAAAAUGAAAAUGAAAAUGAAGAUGAAGAUGAAGAUGAUGGUAUGGCUCGUUUACCAUUAACUUUACAAGACAUUAUUCGAAAAAAAGCCAAAAAGAAUAAGAAUGCAAAAUCUUAUUUACUUCAAAUUCCUCGUUAUCCAGCAUUGUGUGAAUUUCUUCGUGAUAGGUCUCGUACGUCGUUUGAUCAUCGUCCGAGUGAAAGUCAAGUUCGUCCACUUGUUGCAAAUCAUUUAAGUCAAAAUUUAGCCAAUGAUGCCAAAAUCCGUAUGCGUUUACGUGAUGAAUUACGUGAAAUACAUCGAUCAUACAUGAGAACAUUCAUGAAUGAUCCACAUGCUCCUGGUGCUAAAAUAUCUUUCCAUAGACAUAGACGACUUAAUCUUAAAAAGAGUCCUAUAUAA